AUGUUAGAUCGCGUUGUCGAGGAUCGCGUCCACAACAACCGUGAUGGAUUCAUCGAAUCCAUCAAAGAAGAUGACAUCUGCCGUCUAGCGUCCUCAUACCACAAUAGCGAACCAUGUACUAUUUUCAAACCGCCUGUCCGGGGGAGCUAUAACAUCUGCUUCUUCGUUCGAUUCUGCUCUCUUAGCUCAGACAAUGAAACCAUCAGCGAUGGAGAAAAAUGCGAGGAAGGGGAUUCUUGGGUAGUUCGUGUGCCUCUGUCGCCGUGUCUGUCUUUCGAGGCGCACGAAAAGCUGGAGAGCGAAGUUGCGACGAUGCAGCUUAUUGCUGAAAAGACGAAUAUUCCGAUCCCCCGAAUCCAUGUGUAUUCCCUUGCUCAAGAAAAAGGUCCUUAUAAUAUCGCCUCGUUCGUUAUCCUCGACUACAUCGAAGGCCGGACGCUGUUCGAUGUCAGAUUCAAGACUUUGUUAGACGACCAGCGAAGACACCUCUACGAACAACUAGCCUCUAUCUAUAUCCACCUUAGGCGGCUGGAGUUCUCGUCUAUUGGCAUCCUCUCUCGUGGCUCUGACGGGUUCGACGUCCGGAAGAAGCCGAUGUCAAUCAGCAUAAAUGAACAGGAGCUGGAAGGCUUGCAGUCCUCGCGCAUCCAGGCCGAGUACGGUAGCUGCAAAGGCGUUCUAACGUCAGCGAGUGACUAUGUGUCAAUGUUGCUACGCAUUGCAUGGAACGCAUUCGAAAAAGGCAGGAAGAGCUUCUCUCAGUUUGCGGAGAAAAAGUGGCUAAAUCCGAAGCUAGAUAGUGGCCCCUUUGUAUUGGUUCAUGGCGACUUGAACCCGUACAAUUUGAUAGUCAACGAAAAUAUGGAUAUUGUAGCUCUUCUUGACUGGGAGUGGAGCCGCGUUGUCCCACUGCAGUUUUUCAUGCCUCCCACAUGGCUCACCAGUCUAGAAACCGAUGACCUAGCCUGGCCCUUUCGCUACUCGCGGUAUGUCAACGAGUUGGAUAAGUUUCGAACCGUCGUUAGAGACCAAGAGUUGAAAACUUACGGUGAGGGGUUGUUAUCAAAUGACUGGGCGGGAGUGCAUGAAAACGGUGGUAUUCUAAUUGCAGCAGCAUUGGAAAACUGGACUGAUAUAGACUAUUUCGCGGGACGAUACCUCGACAAGUUCCUCUAUCAACGGAAGGGUCUCGAAGAUCGGAUAGGGGAGUUCAUGAAACAGGAUCCAGCUCGCCGGACCCUUGUGACAAGGAAGAUUCGCGACUGGGCGGCUUAUCGAGCGGAGCGAAAGCGCCUCGGGGUCGAAGAUCCCGCUGACGAUGAGAUAGAGAUCGUGGAAAUGGCACCGUUGACUAGAUGCCCUUGGGAUCAUUUUACUUCCAUUACACCACGACUAUUCACAUGGUGGUUGGGUGAAAAGGCGGGCCUGUCCCCAAGAGUAGAUCAAAUUCUCUCAAAAGUUGCUAUGGGAGGUGGCACAAUCGUCCUUCUGGCUGGAAUAUCCUAUAUCAUUUGGAACCGUAUAGCUAAAUACCCGUUCUCGCUCUAG